UUCUGUACUAAUUUAAAUAUUGAUUUUUUAACGGUUCGACUUUAUGCUGGUUUAUGGGUGUUACUAAUCUCAAUUAUCACUGUCGCAGUUGAUGGAUCUAGAAUGUUACGUUAUGUGACACGUUUUACCGAAGAUAUCUUUGCUUCAUUAAUUUCAGUAAUAUUCAUCGCGGAAAGUUUACGAUUUCUUUAUCAGCUUCGACGUGCACUUGGUGAUUUUGGUGUGCUAAUUUCAAUUGCAGUAGUUGCAAGUUUAGCACAUCUAUUCGUACCAGAUCCAUACUUACAACGUUUGGAAGUACCGGAUCAUUUUAGCUUUACCAAUAUUGAAGCCCGACAACAUGGCUUAUUUGUUUCUGCAUAUUUACCAUUAAAUCAAUUAUGGAUAAUUAUCAUGUCAUUAGUUGCAGCAUUGCUUGUUUUCAUACUUUUAUUUGUUGAAACCGAAAUUACUGAGUAA